GAUUUAGCAUCAGUUUAGUUUUGUCUAUUCGAAACACCAAACAGUAGUCAUAAUGAAAGUAUUUGUCGCUCUUGCCGUUUUGGCCGUAUGUUCCCAGGCCCAAGCUCAACGUGGUUUCGGUGGUGCCAAUGCCAACGCUGCUGCUAGUGCUAAUGCAGCUGCUAAGGGUGGUGCCGGUGGUUUUGGCGGUUUAGGCGGUGGUUUUGGUGGUGCUAAUGCUGGUGCCAAUGCUAACGCUAAUGCUGGAGCUGUUGGUGGCGGUUUGGGUGGUGGUUUCGGCCGUCCCGGUUUUGGUGGUCAUGGUUUGGGAGGCGGUUUAGGAGGCGGUUUAGGCGGUGGUUUCGGUGGUGCCAAUGCCGGCGCUAAUGCCAACGCUAAUGCUGGAGCUGCUGGUGGCAGUUUGGGUGGUGGUUUCGGCCGUCCUGGUUUCGGAGGUCCCGGUUUGGGUGGUGGCUUCGGCGGUGCUAACGCUGGUGCCAAUGCUGGUGCUACCGGUGGUGCUUUCGGUCGCCGUCCCGGUUUGGGAGGUUUGUUAGGUGGCGGUCUCGGUGGUGCUAACGCUGGUGCCAAUGCUAACGCUAAUGCUGGUUCUACCGCUGGUGGUCUUGGUGGUGGUUUCGGUGGUGGUCUCGGUGGUGGUCUCGGUGGUGGUUUCGGUGGUGCUUCUUCCUCCGCUUCUUCCUCAGCUUCUGCUUCAUCUACUGCUGGUGGUCGUGGUGGUUUGGGUGGUUUCGGUGGUGCCAAUGCUGGCGCUUCUGCUACUGCUAAUGCCAACUCCAACACCUUCUCUCGUGGUUAAGCUCUAGUCCUAAUUGUUGUCUAAUGUUAAGACUAAUUUAUUAUGAAAAAAAUGAAAAAUACACAAAAAAAAACUAUUAAAAA